AAAGAAUUAAUAUUUUCUACUAAAAUAAAAAAAAUCAAGAUUCAGGUACAGUUCCUCUCUUUCUCUCUCCGCUCUAAAUUCUUGCUUGAAAGCCAAAAAAAGGUGAAGUCAAGAAAGAAAGAAAAAAACCCCAUAAACAAAAACUCUCGAUCAAAAUCAAAAAAGAGAGAAGAAGAGGAAGACUGUAGAGAAGAAAGCUUUGAGAAAUUAUCUUUUUCUCUCUGUUUUCUGUCACCGUGUAACAUUAUCGUUAAGGAGCUGAAAAUAAUAAAGUUAGGGUUUUUGUAGAUCCGCGAUGCAUCGAUUUUUCUAUCUAUUCUUUCUUUCCCCUUUUCUGUUACACUUCAUUUCUCCUAAUCUCGCUUCUGAAUCUGAUCACAAGUAUUCACAAGAUGAAUCAGUAACGCUAUGGGUAAACAAGGUUGGUCCAUACAAUAAUCCUCAAGAAACGUAUAAUUACUACAGCCUUCCGUUUUGUCAAUUAUCUGGUGGUAAUGGCAAUGCUGCUCACAAGUGGGGAGGACUUGGUGAGGUUUUGGGUGGAAAUGAGCUCAUUGAUAGCCAGAUUGACAUUAAGUACCGAAAAAAUGUUGAUAAGAGCACAAUUUGUGAGCUUGAACUGGAUGCUGCAAAGGUUAAACAGUUCAAGGAUGCAAUUGAGAACACUUAUUGGUUUGAAUUUUUUAUAGAUGACUUGCCUUUAUGGGGCUAUGUUGGUGAACUGCACCCUGACAAAAACAAUGAUAACACUAAGCAUGUGCUUUACACGCACAAGAGUAUUACCUUUAGAUACAAUGAAGAUCAGAUUAUUCAUGUCAAUCUCACUCAAGAGAACCCUAAACCCUUAGAAGCAGGAAAAACCUUAGACAUGACAUACUCAGUCAAAUGGAUCCCAACAAAUAUCACCUUCGGGCGGCGUUUUGAUGUUUACCUCGACUACCCCUUCUUUGAGCAUCAGAUUCAUUGGUUUUCUAUCUUCAAUUCUUUCAUGAUGGUUAUCUUUCUCACUGGUUUGGUCUCGAUGAUACUUAUGCGAACUCUUAGAAAUGACUACGCAAAAUAUGCUCGGGAGGAUGAUGAUCUUGAGACUCUGGAAAGGGAUGCGAGUGAAGAGUCUGGAUGGAAACUUGUCCAUGGAGAUGUCUUCCGUUCACCCCGCAAUCUGGUCUUACUUUCAGCAGUUGUUGGUACUGGUGCUCAACUUGCGAUGCUUGUGCUGCUUGUCAUUCUAUUAGCAAUCAUUGGGAUGUUGUACAUCGGGCGAGGAGCGAUUGUCACCACAUUCAUUGUAUGUUAUGCUCUUACAUCGUUCAUUUCUGGCUAUGUGAGUGGAGGGUUGUACUCCAGGAGUGGUGGUAAAAGCUGGAUAAAAUCAAUGAUCCUUACGGCCUCACUUUUUCCAUUUAUGUGCUUUGGGAUUGGCUUUGCACUGAAUACAAUUGCCAUAUUCUACGGAUCUCUAGCCGCUAUUCCUUUUGGAACAAUGGUAGUUGUUUUUGUCAUCUGGGCCUUCAUCUCCUUCCCUCUAGCACUUCUUGGUACUGUUGUUGGAAGAAACUGGAGUGGUGCUCCAAACAAUCCUUGCCGUGUAAAGACCAUUCCUCGUCCAAUCCCUGAGAAGAAAUGGUAUCUCACACCGUCGGUUGUCUCACUAAUGGGUGGUCUUCUUCCCUUUGGCAGCAUAUUUAUUGAGAUGUAUUUUGUCUUCACAUCCUUCUGGAAUUACAAGGUGUACUAUGUCUAUGGAUUUAUGUUACUGGUUUUCCUAAUUCUUGUUAUCGUUACCGUCUGUGUCACAAUUGUCGGUACAUAUUUCUUGCUGAAUGCUGAAAACUACCACUGGCAAUGGACUUCAUUCUUCUCUGCUGCAUCGACUGCCAUCUAUGUGUACCUCUACUCUAUUUACUACUACUAUGUGAAAACUAGGAUGUCCGGCUUCUUCCAAACUAGCUUCUAUUUUGGAUACACUGCGAUGUUUUGUCUCGGUUUAGGAAUUCUAUGUGGAGCCGUUGGUUAUCUGGGAUCUACUUUAUUUGUGAGAAGGAUAUACAGAAACAUCAAGUGUGACUAAACUGAAUAAAGUAUCAAAUACUGCUGCUAAAUAUGGUGAGUGCAUGCAGCAAUUUUGUUGUCAAAACAAAAAGCCCUUUGCGAAAUUGCCUGGUUGCCGUACCUUGGCAAACUCCCCUGAAGAUUCACAGGAUUAUAAUCCCUAUAGCAGGGAUCUCAAGAAUGAGGAAAUUUUUUCUUCUUUUUUUGUUUUUUAUCUCUGGACUCUGGGAGGAGGCUUUAGUUUUCCGACUUGUAAGUGAAAGCCUUCUUUUUACACAUAAUUUUAGAGGGUUCAGAGAUCUGUGUCAUAAUUCAGAACAUCUCACUGUUACUCUCACAACCACUUCCCUUUCAUUUUCUUUUUCUUAGGUUUUUUAUAUUUUUACUCUUAAUUAUAUGCACUUAAUUGACAAUUCUUUCUCUCCAAAAUUGUAGGUUGUACUUUAUGUAAUUGACUACUGCGCCCUCUGUGCAUUUUUAUCUUUGCUUUCUUUCCGCUGUUACGUUUUUAA